AUGCGUUCAAAAACCUCAGAACGUGGAUCUAUAAAUAAUGCAUCACAAGUUAAUUGUCCACAUAUUAAUAGAAUUACAAAAAAAGGUUCACCAGUAGUUAAAAUCGAAACUUCCUCAUUUAAGAAGCAUGUGGCUAAUGCUUCCCUUCGCUGUGAUACCUGCGAGUCUCGAAUACCCAAACUAUGGGUUUGUUUACACAACCGGUGUCGUGCAGUUGUUUGUUGUAGUAAUUCGAAAUAUCAUAUGCGCAAUCAUUUCGAAAUUUUACAUAAAGAAAAUCGUGAUGACGCAUGUCAUUCAGUUUAUGUUAAUCCGCGUACACUUACAAUAUGGUGUAUUGCUUGUAGUUCCGAGCUGAAUCCAUUUGAAGAUAAUAAUUUAAAUUCGGAAGCACUAGCAAGGGAAACGAAACAAGUCACAACAAGCGGUGGAUCAAUCAACAAUAGAUGUCCCAGGUCUCGUCGGUUUGAAGAAUUUGGGAAUUACUUGUUAUGCAAG